CCGCAGCGCUUCUCGGGCAGCGAGGGGUGCGGGCUGUGAAGGGCUUGGGGUGCGGGGCUCGCACGGGCGGUGGAAGGAAAGGAGAGGGAAGCGAAGGCACCACUGGGGCAUCGCUUUAGAUGUUGGCCCGGGAGGUGCUGGUGUUUUCUUUAGCACAGAGCUUGCUAAAAGGCCAUUGCAGAGCUGCCGUGCCGAUUGUGUGUCUGCCGGAGAGAGCUGGCAGUGAUACGUGGAAUUUCUGUGGGUGGGCAGUGCAGGAAACCCCCAAAUUCUGAUGAAAACUCCUCCCCGUAUACGAGUAUAAGAGGAAGCAGCACAUCUGCCAGUUCUGCUUCAAGAAGUGUGGGGAAAGCUGCUGUGCAAAGUUCUUCUGCUGACUUCUCGCAGCCUGGCUGGCAGGUUUAAAACCCAGUGUGCCCACGUAGAAGCAAGCUGCAGCUACCACUGAAGGUCUGUAGACUUAGAGAAGGCUUGGAAGCAUGGAAAGCCUUUGUGCAGCAAACAGCACUUUUGCUGUGGACCUGUUAAGAAAGCUGUGUGAGAUGAAAAGCAGGCAGAAUGUGUUCUUUUCACCAUUUAGUAUUUCUUCUGCUUUGUCUAUGGUUUUGCUGGGUUCAAGAGGUAGCACUGAAGCCCAAAUAAGCAAGGUGCUUUCUCUGAAGAAUGCCCAGGAUGCUCACAAUGGGUAUCAGUCCCUUCUCUCUGAAAUUAAUGAUCCAAACACCAAAUACAUCCUGAGAACUGCAAACCGGCUCUAUGGAGAAAAGACCUUUGAGUUUCUUCCAUCAUUUAUAGAGUCCAGUCAGAAAUCCUACCAUGCUGGCCUGGAACAGAUGGACUUCCUGCAUGCUUGGGAGGAUUCCAGGAAACAAAUCAAUGUCUGGGUGGAGGAAAGGACUGAAGGCAAAAUUCAGAACCUGUUGGCAGCGGGGACGCUUGAUUCCCUGAGCAGGCUUGUGUUGGUGAAUGCCAUCUAUUUCAAAGGCAACUGGGAAGAGCCUUUCAGGAAAGCAAGUACCAGAGAGAGGCCAUUCCAAAUUAAUAAGAACGAGAGCAAACCUGUGCAGAUGAUUAAGGAGGCAAAUUUUAACAUGACCUACAUUGGGGACUUCCAGACCAAAAUCCUGGAGCUGCCCUAUGUGGGUAAUGAACUGAGCAUGAUCAUCCUGCUCCCUGAUGCAAUCCAGGAUGGCUCCACAGGCUUGGAAAGACUGGAAAAAGAACUUACACAUGAGAAGCUGAUGGGUUGGAUUAGUCCAGAAGUGAUGAAUUCUACAGAGGUGAGGGUGUAUUUACCCAGAUUUAAACUGGAAGAGUGUUAUGGACUGAAACCUAUUUUAAGAAGCAUGGGAAUGCCUGAUGCAUUUGAUUUGGGGAAGGCAGACUUCUCAGGAAUCUCACCUGGUAAUGAGCUGGUGCUCUCUGAAGUGGUUCACAAAUCCUUUGUGGAAGUCAAUGAAGAAGGCACUGAAGCAGCUGCUGCCACAGCUAUGCCAGUGUGUGGGUGUUCCCUUGUAAUGAUGCCCACUCCAGAAUUCAUUGCUGAUCAUCCCUUCCUCUUCUUCAUCCGGCACAACAAAACUUGCAGCAUUUUGUUCUGUGGCAGAUUUUGCUGUCCCUAAGGAGGAGAUGUCUUGGCAGCAUAGGUGCCUUCAGACAAUAAAUUGAUGUUUCCCUAGAACAAGGUGACUCAUUCUGCAUUAAUUGUCUCUUUCAGCCGUGCCUGAUCUUCUUCUGUAGUCUUGAUCUUAGGUCUGGCAGGAAUAACAGAUCUGCUUAGACAAACAGAGCACCUGCCAUGUCCAACCCCUCCUGUGCCUGUGUGCAGAGGUCUCCAGGUUCUUGUUGACACAAGAACCAUCCCACUUGCUCUGUGAGUGCUUCUUGUGUGCUUGAGUUCACUUUUGGUGUCCAGCGGGCAGAGUCAGGCAGUGAGAGCCCAUGGGAUUGUUACUUUUGAUUGUGACAAGACUGGAGCACAUAUGUAGCUGCCCUCCCCUUUUACCAGGUAUUGCAGAACAUCCUACAUAGAUGGGGGCUUUUAGCUAACAACUGGAGCUGCACUUAGGCAAGAAUGGGAAUGAAAGUAUGCAAUUAUAAGAGAUGUCCCUGGGAGGUAUUUGGGGUGAGUACCUUUACUUCCUCACUCCAGGAGACUUGGGUUUUUCCCUGUCCCCUGGUUCUGGUCAUUUAACAAAGAAUGAAAUAAAAGGGCACAUGGUGCCUAUGCAAUAUUUGAAGGAGAAAGUCUUAAUUUCAAUUUUUUUUUUUUUUUUGCCACUGUUAUAUGUUGAUCGUAUUAAUAAUCUCUCAGACACCGUAGUUUACCUGUAUAAUACCAAAGACAGAGAUGUAACUGCUUUCCUUACAUUGGGAUGUAUUUUGUGGGUCCUGUUCCUGGAAUAAUAAAAGAAGUAUAAGCA